AUGAUUGUGCCAGUUAGAUGUUUUUCAUGUGGGAAGGUUGUUGGAGACAAAUGGGAAGCGUACUUGAACAUGUUGCAAGAAGAAGAACUUGAUGAGGGCACUGCUUUAUCUAGAUUAGGUCUAACGAGAUAUUGCUGCAGAAGAAUGAUUCUAACACAUGUCGAUUUGAUUGAGAAAUUCUUAAGAUACAAUCCAUUAGAAAAGAGAGAUUAG